CAGGCGCUGAAGGGCUGCGAGGACAGGCAGGGGAUCCAGGAAAUGACGGUGAUGCAGGACCACGAGGAGCUAAGGGAAACCCAGGACCUCGAGGAGCAAAGGGGGAUGCAGGUUAGUACGUAAUUAGAUUCCUUCACAAAUAGAGACAAUAUUUCUCGCAUAAUUUAUCGCUGCUGUUGAUAACAGUCGAAUAGAUUACCUAAUUGAUUUACCACCGAAUUACUAUUUUUCGAAGAAAAAUCUAACACCAUACCAUUGGUGAUCAGUUGCUGCUAAGCACAGUCCUGGAAACUCUUAGGUUCAGAUAUAAACGACUCUCUCCUCCGCAAAGGUCAUUUAUUCUAUAAAUGUUCUUCGGUUUUCUUCGGAUAGUUCUCGGAGUUAAUCGUGAUAGGGUGCUGACAAAAAUUCUCCAGCACCAUAUCGCGAUUAACUCCGAAGAACAUUAUAAAUAAAAUAAAUGACCUCUGCCCAGGAGAGAGUAUAAACGCAAUUUUCGGUAAUUUAUGGUUUAUCAAUAUUUCAAAUGUCAUUUGAUACCCUUGAUUGUAAGUUAGGAUUAAAAGACUCACUGGUGAAAUAAUUUUCCCCCUUUUUUAGGCGAAGAUGGCAACAAUGGCAAUAAUGGCAACAAUGGCGAUGCAGGCGCGAAGGGAGUGACUGGUGAUCAGGGAAAUACUGGCGACACUGGCCCCCCAGGAGCAGAUCAAGCAAAUGGUCCGCCGGGAGCGAAGGGUGCGGCAGGUGCGCGUGGAGCCGAUGGUGCAUCAGGACCUACGGGUGCGCCCGGUCCCAAAGGUGACCCAGGCCCACGAGGACAAAAGGGCGAUCGUGGCGCAACGGGUGACGCAGGCGCCACUGGACAAACUGGUCAAGAUGGUUCCGACGGUGAUCCAGGUGAUAAUGGUAGCCGAGGACCACGGGGUCCAACUGGACCACCUGGACUCCAGGGUUUCAAGGGUACACGUGGUAGCGAUGGAGCUGAUGGCUUCCCUGGACCCAGAGGUAAGAGAAAUAGAACUAGUCAGUAGUCGUGAGGGGGGGGGGUGCCAGAGUUGUAGACUCGAGUCGUGUGACUUGGACUCGAGUCGCAAUUUUUGUGACUUGACUUGUUAAAGAGAUUGAUGACUUGUGACUUGACUUGGACAAAAUGACUUGUGACUUGACUUGGACUUGCAAGAAAUGACUUGUUACCAACGCAAGUCAAACGUAAAUAUCUAGUGAAAAUCAAGUUUUCCAAAAUCUUUGUGUUGAUCGAUCGAUCGUCGUGUUGUACAAUUUGGGCAACGACCUUAGUACAUAUCAAUGGCAUCGACAGAAUUUGUGCCGGCGUAUUUUCUGACAAAGCGUUUUUUUCGCGAUUUCGUGGUAAAAUUUCUGACAUAAAAUAACGACGCCAUAUUUACAUAUUUUGCCGUUUUGCGUGGGAAAACAUGGCGCGCCACAUGUGGCGAUAAAAUGAAUUGUGACUUGAAUUGACUUGCCAUUCGGAAUGACUUGUGACUUGACUUGGAUUUAGACAAAAUAACUUGUGACUUGACUUGAACUCAGACAAAAUUACUUGUGACUUGACUUGGACUUGCAACAUAGGACUCGUUAACAACUCUGAGGGGUGCUCAUCGUUCUCAUUUGUAGCAAUGACGCAGCUCAACCUGGUUGAAUUGAGGCCUUUGCAAGGGCGCCUCUGGCAGCCACCUUAUGACUCAUGUCUGAUCACGGGCACAGCUACGGUGGAAGGGUCAGUUAGGGGGCUACCCCCAACCCACCCUGUCCACAUUCCCUGAGGGAGGAAACCAGAGUACCCAAAGAAAACCCACGGCUUUCGGUAGAGGAAGGAUCGAAACGUCCAAGUUUUGCUUGUAUUUUACAGGUCCCUGAAUCCCUCUCAAUGUUAGCGUAGAAAACCACUCUAACUUGAAAUCAUUUUAACCCUCAGGUCCCAGAGGCCAAGAUGGUGCAAAUGGCGACGACGCGAACCAAAACAUUGCGUGCAUCUAUCGUCAAUCGGAAACUGGACAACUCACAAUGUCAUGCAACGACCUCAGUUACACCGCUACCGACUGUGGAUGUAGUCGAGGCUGUGGUGAAUGGUCGAUCUCAAACAAUGGUCAAACCUGUUCCUGUAAAUGUAAUUCUUAUGUUCCAUCCAAUUUCUACUCCGUGGGAAUCAAUUGUUGCAGACUUCAAUAGACAGUACUUACGAAAUUACGAACAGAUAUGUGCAUGUUUUAUAUUAAUUGAAUAUUAAUGUUGUAACGAGAUUUUUUGUAUAAUUAAAGUUUGCCG